CAAGAUUCAGUUUCGAACUUGCGACCAUCGACCACACGACAAUACCGACGACGACGUUGAACCUUUUCUUCCACCGGUUCAUAAUCUCAUAAAUCAGACAAUAUGGCUUCCGGUGUUCCAGGUGCCGCUAUGUAAGAAAUUGCCCUUGCUACAGCUCAUCCAACAAAAAGUUCGCGGGGCUAAUGAUGAAUUUCUUGUGUACAGCUCCAAGCGCAGAAAGUUCGUUGCCGAUGGUGUUUUCUACGCCGAAUUGAACGAGUUCUUCCAACGCGAGUUGGCUGAGGAGGGAUACUCCGGUGUCGAAGUCCGUGUUACCCCAACUGUCACCGACAUCAUCAUCCGCGCAACCCACACCCAAGAAGUUCUCGGAGAGCAAGGACGCCGCAUUCGCGAACUUACCUCCCUCAUCCAAAAGCGCUUCAAGUUCCCCGAGAACAGCGUUUCCCUAUACGCCGCCAAAGUCCAAAACCGUGGUCUCUCCGCCGUCGCUCAAUGCGAGUCCCUCAGAUACAAGCUCCUCAACGGUCUCGCCGUCCGCAGAGCAUGCUACGGUGUUCUCAGAUUCAUCAUGGAGUCGGGUGCUAAGGGAUGCGAGGUUGUCGUUUCUGGAAAAUUACGUGCUGCCCGUGCCAAGUCCAUGAAGUUCACUGAUGGUUUCAUGAUCCACUCCGGUCAACCAGCCAAGGACUUCAUUGACCACGCUACCCGUCACGUUCUCCUCAAGCAAGGUGUUCUCGGAAUCAAGGUCAAGAUCAUGAGAGGCUCUGACCCAGAAGGAAAGUCUGGACCAUCCAAGGGUCUCCCAGAUUCCGUCACUAUCAUCGAGCCAAAGGAGGAGCAAAGUGUGGUUCAACCUAUGAGCCAGGAUUACGGUGCGAAGGCUGCCGCUGCUCAAGCAGCUGCUGAGGCCGCUCGCUCAUCGGAACAGGCUGGUGAAGAGUCUGCUCCAGCUCCUCAAGAGGAAUAAAUUAUGCAAUGGUAAAAUAGGAUGGGCGUUUCCAAAUAUUUGCAUACGGGUCUUGGUUGAAGGGACUUGUAUUCAUAUUUAGCCAACGAAUUUUACGGCUCUAAAAAACACUUUAAAAU